AUGGCGGGGAGGGGGACGGAGUUUCAGUUGGACGGGAAAAAAUGUCAAUGCGUUGUAAUCUCAUGUCAAAAUGGGACAGAGCUCUGCACGUCUUCCACUUGUACGACGUGCAUGGCUUGCUGUAGCCCCAAAUGUGAGGGCUGCGAAAAGAAAUGCAGGGACGGAGAGAAAUGCAAAUGUUUGAAUCUUUGCUGCGGCUGUCCUACUAAUUGUUAUGAAAAUGGUUUCGAUAAAGCGAGCUGUAAGGAAAAAAACCAAACAAAGGGUUGCAAGCGUUGUCUGACAAAAUGCACAAAAUCCAAUAGGUGUAUAUGUUAUCAAUGCAGUUGUGGAACGCAAUGUAAUGGUUUCCUCUGUGCCUGCUGUUACUGGUGCAAUCCUGGCAAGUGUAAGCGUAAAGGCACUUGCGACGGCUUCGUACUCGGGAAAUGUCCUGAAGGCAAGUGCAAAGGCCACGGCACAUACAAUGGCGAGGGUAAACCGGUAUACGUGGAUAAAUGCGAGUGCGAACCCAACAAACCAUGCAAAUGCAUCAUCAACCAAAAGGAGCAGAAUGAACGUGAUAAAUCUGACACCAAAUGCCGGUGUAUCCGCGGUGAACCUGACGGGCACGGCAACUGCUUGAUCAAAUGCGACCUGUGUGGCCAACUGUGCUCUCAAGACUCUUAUAUUCACCAGGGUACUCUAGUAGUUGUCCCGCUUGCAAUUGCAAUGGUCCUUAUCAUAGUUUGGGUCAAGUAUCGCGAUAAAUUCCGCAAGGCAUUCUAUGAACUACGUGGCACAUGUGCAACAUAA